GGGUGGGUGGGGAGAGAGAGAGAGACAUGGGGGGCCCUGAGGAAAGGGGGGGGCCCGGGCGCGGGGCGCCGAAGAGCCUGGAGCCGGGCGGCGGGCAGCGGCUUCAGGGCCAGCCGAAGGAGGGCGGAGGGGGAGGGGAAGAGGGGGACCCCCGAGGGGAAGAGCCCGGGAGGCGCCUGGACCCCAAGAGGUCGGAGCUGAGGGACGUGGGGACCCAGGUGUCUUGGGCCCCUGGGGGCGGGGCCUCUGGGGGCGGGGAGGGCCGCUCUAGGACGGCCGGGGAGGACCCCCAAGCCAAGGCAGGGGACCUCAGGGGGGCCCCUGGGAGGUGGGGGGCCCCCCCAGCCCUUUGGGGGGCGGCCUCUGUGGCCCCUGGCAGCCAGAGCAAAACAGGGCAGGACAAAAGGGCCUCUUGGCCGGGGGGCCUUUGCGAAGGCUGCGGGGCCCCCAAAGAAGGGGUGCAGCCCAGAAAAGGGGGGGCCCCCCGCUUGCACAGCCACAGAGCUUGGGAUUUGGGGUCCAGGGACCCCCGGGACCGCUUGGAGGACAGCAUGGGGCUCUUGGCCCUGGGGGUCAGCCGCAGCCUCUCGGGGGGUCUCCCGGGCCACGCGGGGGCCAAACGGGACUCGGGGGGCUGGCUCCAAAAAGAGUGGCCCCGGGACCCCACGGAGAGUUCGGGGCAAGUCUGGGUCCCCCGUAAGCCGGGCAGGGCCCCCGAGAGGACGAUGGGGGGGCUGCCUUGGCUGAAAGAAGGGGCCGUCCCCCGGAAGAGCGGGGCGGCGGAGCUUAACCAGGUGUGGAUCCCCCGGGAGAAACCGGCCCCGCCCGGAGGAGGGGGGUCCGGGGACGUCUGGGUCCACAAAGUGAGGAACCCCUCGGGCACCGGCAUCAUGUGGGUUUGGGCCAAAGUGACCAAUUGUAGCGAGGAGGAAGCGGUGAACGAAGCCAGCAUUUGGACCUUCCAGAAGGAGGGUCCGAGGAAAGGGGGGGAAGGCGAGGGAGGGUACGGGGUCUCUUAAGAAGCAUGUGGGGAAGCCGACUGGGGGAAACAGGGGUGGGAUGCGGGUGGGUGGGGAUGUGGGUGGGAGAUACAGGUUAGUCCUCGACGUACGACCUCAGCCGAGCCCCCGAUUUUUUUACGUCGCGAAGUGAGACGUUCGUUCAGUGAGCUUUUCACGGUCCGUUUCUCGUUUAAACCGUUGUUAAGUGAGUAACAUGGUCGUUCAGUGACUCUCGCUUCCCCGUGGACUUUGCU